AUGACUGCGCCCAAGAGAAAACGCCUUGAGCUGGAGAUAGGAGGCACUUGCCCCAUUGACAGAUUCACAGGAAGAGAACCAAAGACUUGUGACGGGGCCCGCGUGGCCUCCACCCUGAGCUACUGCAUGAUGGCCAGCGGCAUGGUGGUCCUAGUGGCUGGGACCCUCUGCUUCGCCUGGUGGAGUGAAGGGGACGCAGGGCCCCCGCAGUUGGCCCCGCCCACUGGAUGCCCUGAGCCUGAGGCCGCUGGUGCCCUGCUCAGGUCGGUCAGCUUCUUCUGCUGCGGCGCAGGUGGCCUGCUGCUGGUCUUCGGCCUGCUGUGGUCGGUCAAGGCCAGAACCCAGAAGCUGCCUCGAUGGGACCCAUACCACCUCUCCAGGGACCUGUACUACCUCACUGUGGAGUCCUCAGAGAAGGAGAGCUGCAGGUCUAGUGCAGCUGUGGGGAGUGGGGGCCACAGGACCCCAAAGGUGAUUAUUGUCCCCACUUACGAGGAGGAUGUGCGCUGCCCUCUGGCUGGGGGACUCUUGACACCACCUGCGUCCCCUGUGGAGGAAGACCUGGGGUGCAGUGCCUCAGGGGAUGCCCUGCCUGGGGCCCAGCCCCCCUUGCCUCCACCUAGCUAUGAGAGCCUCAUCUUCUCUACUGGUGGCAUCCCUAGAGAGACAGCACCUGGGGCUGCACGCUCCCUCACGGGCCCUGUUCAGAUUACAGAGGGUGGAAGUUAA